CCCAUCGGGAACAAGCAGUGCCACGCGCGCUUCGUGAAGAAGUGCCAGGAGACGCACAAGAAGAAGCUCCACGAGAUGAAGUGCUCCAUCGACAACCACGAGCCCAAGCGCCACCCCCACCUGCGCAAGAACCUGAAGAAGGAGCAGCUCAUGGAGGAGCGCUACGCGGAGAUCGAGCGCGACAACCGGCUCCUGCUGGAGAAGAUGUCCUACAUCAUGCGACACUCGUCGCUGGACAACGACAACCAGAUGCAGUACGCCCACUCGUUGAACCGCGAGCAGCGCAAGCGCGAGCUCCAGCGCAUCACGCGCGAGAACCAGAACAUCCUCGGCCGCAUUCAGGCGGCGGAGCCGACGUACGACCACCUCGCCUGGGCGGAGCACGAGAAGCAGCACGAGGACUACAUGAAGAACAUCUGCGAGCUGCCC